AUGACUUCUGCUAUACCAGGCUUCUUCAAGCUUAGCAUAGAUGAACGCCAGUCUGCGCUUAAGAAUAUGUUUGACCUCAGUGAUCAAGAGGUAGCCCUUUUGAAGUCUACCGAACAUGGUCUUACGUUCAAAACUGCAGAUACUAUGAUAGAAAAUUGCAUUGCAAUGCAUAGUACACCAGUAGGAGUAGCGACAAACUUCAUUGUUGAUGGAAAAGAAAUCAUGAUUCCAAUGGCCAAUGAAGAACCAUCUGUAAUUGCUGGAGCUUCAUUCGCUGCAAAGCUUUGUAGAUCUACAGGAGGCUUCGAAACAGCAUCAGGAGCUAACAUUUGCUCAGGACAAGUUGUUUUGAUAGUCCCACCUGAUGAAACUGAUCCAUUGGCUAAAGUUAAUGGAUUUCAUAAUGAAAUUAUUCAAAUUGCAAACGGUACAAUGCCUUCAAUGCUCGCCAGAAAUGGUGGAGUCCAUGAGGUAGAGGCAAGGCUCAUUCAAACUAAGUCAGCUUUAACAGUUAGUGUUGAUAUUCAUAUCAAUGUUUGCGAUGCAAUGGGCGCAAACUGCGUUAACACUGCAUGCGAAACAGCUCUUAAACAUCUUUCCGAAAAACUCAAUUGGGAGCCUCUAAUGGCUAUAAUUACGAACCUACCGACAAAAAGAUUAGUCCAUGCUCAAUGCAAGUGGCCAAUCAAUAUACUAGGACAAGGAGGAUUCACAGGCAUGCAAGUUGCACAAAGAAUUGUAGCCGCAGCUGAAUAUGCCGCAGUGGAUCCAUCAAGAGGAGCAACACAUAGAAAAGGCAUCAUGAAUGGUGUUACAGCUGUUGUUCUAGCUACAGGAAAUGAUACUCGUGCUGUCGAAGCAGCCGUUCAUUCAUAUGCAACUCAAUCUGACAAUCCAGCCCUUACAAAAUACAGAAUUGACAAUGGAACAACAUUAGUAGGUGAAAUAUGGAUUCCUAUUCCAGUUGGCGUUGUCGGUGGCUCAAUCAGAAGAAAUCCAGACGUAAUGUUAAUGAGAAAGAUGCUUAAAGUAGAAAAUGCAGAUGAAUUGGCAAGAACAAUUGCUGCAGUUGGUCUUGCAAACAAUUUUGCUGCAAUUAGAGCUCUUGUUACAAAUGGAAUUUGCGCUGGCCACAUGAAACUUCAUUCUAGGAAUAUCGCAUGUCAGGCUGGAUGCGCAGAGAAACAUAUUGAUACUCUUGCAUCAAAACUUAUAGAAUCUGGAGAUAUUUCAGUACGAAAUGCUAUAAGAAUUAUCCAAACAUGUCAUUUAGUUUAA